UCCAGCUGGUAAGCUUGCUGCUGAUUGGAAUUGCGGCAUGGGGAAUCGGCUUUGGCCUCAUCUCUAGUUUCAGAGUUGUUGGAGUGGCAAUUGCAGUAGGAAUCUUCCUCUUCCUUAUUGCCUUAGUCGGAUUAAUUGGUGCGGUGAAACAUCAUCAAGUAUUGCUAUUCUUUUACAUGAUUAUUCUUUUGCUAGUCUUUAUUGUCCAGUUUUCUGUCUCCUGUGCCUGUUUGGCACUAAACAAGGAGCAGCAGAGUCAACUUCUAGAGGUGGGAUGGAAUAACACUAACAGCGCGAGAACAGAUAUUGAGAGAAAUCUGAAUUGUUGUGGAUUCAGAGUUUUUGAUCCGAAUGAAACUUGCUCCUCUGAUUGUUUUAGAAAUCACCAGUGUCAACCAUGUGCACCAAUAAUAGAAGAGUAUUCUGGAAUGGUGCUGAGAUUUGUUGGAGGCAUAGGACUCUUCUUCAGUUUCACAGAGAUUCUGGGAGUCUGGCUGACGUAUAGAUACAGGAACCAAAAGGAUCCCCGUGCAAACCCUAGUGCAUUUCUUUGAUAAGUUUAUAAAGGAGUGAAUCUUCUCUCUGCACCCUCUACUUCAAAAUACUGAUUCUCCAUAGUUUGGUAUUUCUCCAUAAUAGGUAUUCUACAUGUACCUAAAAGAAAACUUUAUUUCCAAAAGAAAUUUGUAGUUUUCAUAUUUCAUUUCCCACUAUUUUUCUUUUAAGAAUCUCGCUCUUGAAGUAGACUGGUGCAUUCAGUAGCUGCGCAGAGUCAGAUUGCUACUCUGAGCUGGUUAAAUAACUCUGUUAAGACUUUGGUGAUUGAUGUGGUGAACUCUAUACAGUGAGCUUUAUAGCACUACUGGUUUCUCUGGUGUUCAAAAAAACCCAGGAGUAUUUUCUGCUGUAUUCAUUGAUUACAAAAAUUCACAUGAUUUCUCAUUAAAAUGAUAAAAAUAUAUGGAGGAUGGUUGGACUGUGUGAUUUGAUUAGGCUUUAGGAUGAACUCUGGUCAACUUUUUUGUCUUAAUAAUGGUCUCCCACUUUCUUGUGAAGGUAAAAAUAGAAGCUAGAGAUGUUAUUUUCUGUAGUGCACAUAAGUAUAUGUUAAUGACUACUGUAGUCUUCACCCCUCCCCUUCCCUGUUUGUUUUGGCUUUCUGGUAGCUUUAGAAUUUUGUUGAGAGUAAAAACAAUUCUUUACUUUUUAAUGGAUAUCUUCACUAUGAGAACAAUGAAUGAAGAAAACCAGGAGAAUGUGAUCUGCAGCUGACAAACUUGAAACUUUUUUUCUUUGACAAGUGAACGAAGUUUGGUAUUUGCGCAACAUCAGAAUCAAUAGUGGUCUGUCAUCUUUAAUGUAAGAAACUUGAUGUCUG